AUGCCUUCCACACACAACGUUGCGAAGCCAUGGGACACCGAAGAUAUCGACAAGUGGCGAAUAGAACCCUUCACCCCCAAAGACAACCUCGCUGGUCCAUUUACUGAAGAGUCGAGUUUUCAAGUCUUGUUUCCACGUUAUCGUGAGAGUGCGUUGAAAGAGUCAUGGCCUCUAGUCACCAGAGCCCUUGAGAAGCUCGGCAUCGCUUGUACCCUUGACUUGGUUGAAGGUGCCAUGACGGUGAAAACAAGUUUGAAAACCUCAGAUCCAUCAGCGAUCCUCAAGGCCAGAGACUUGAUCAAGUUGCUGGCAAGAAGUGUCCCUGCACCUCAAGCCUUGAAGAUUCUUGAGGAUGGUAUUGCUUGCGAUAUUAUCAAGAUUCGCAACCUGGUGGGCUCAGCACAGAAGUUUGUCAAACGACGUCAGAGACUUCUUGGACAUAAUGGAGCAACUCUCAAGACUCUUGAACUUUUGACGAAAACAUAUAUUUUGGUCCAUGGAAACACAGUUUCUGCCAUGGGUCCGUACAAGGGACUGAAGGAGAUUCGACGAGUUGUGGAGGACUGCAUGGUCAACAUUCACCCCAUCUACCACAUCAAGGAAGCUAUGAUAAAACAAGAGCUUGCAAAGGACCCCAAGCUUGCUAACGAGAGCUGGGAUCGCUUCCUGCCCAAUUUCAAGAGCAAGGCUCUUAGCCAGAGACGCGUUCCUCACAAGGUCAACGACAAGGCCAAGAAGGUCUAUACACCAUUCCCUCCGGCUCCCGAGAAGAGCAAGGUCGACAAACAAAUCGAGUCUGGCGAGUACUUUUUGGGCAAGGUUGGCAAGGAGCGUGCUGCUCAGGAGGAGCGCAGGGAGAAGCAGAACAAGCGAAAGGAGGAGAAGGCCAAAGAGCGCGAGGCCGACUUCAUUGCGCCGGAGGAGAGCCGUCCCAAGAAGAAGCGCAAGAAGACGGUAGAGUAA